AGCGAUUCCGUUGGAGUACACACAGAAGUUCGUAUCGAGAGGGACAGAAGAUAACCGAUUUCAGGGAUUAGACUAUAGAGAUUACAACAUCAUAAUGAAUUUGCAGCAAGAAUUUGAAGACCUAGAUACGUCUGGGACAUGGAAAAAUCUUUACAAUGAAAUUAGAACCCAGUCCAGUGACUAUGAAUAUAAAGUAGCAAAAUCUCCAGAAAACCGGAAUCUAAACCGAUACAGGGAUGUUAGCCCAUAUGAUCACAGUCGUGUGAAACUUAAAAACUCUGAAAAUGACUACAUAAAUGCCAGCUUGGUCAUUAUGAAAGAAGCCCAAAGAUCUUAUAUUCUAUCACAGGGCCCUUUGACCCACACCUGUGGCCACUUCUGGCUAAUGAUCUGGGAGCAGGGUACCAAAGCUGUUAUAAUGCUCAACAGAGUCAUUGAGAAAGGAUCUGAAAAAUGUGCCCAGUACUGGCCAACAUGUGAGGAACAGCAGAAGUCCCUGCCAGACACAGGUUUUGUGGUGUCGUUACGCUCAGAAAAAGACAAGUCUUACUACACAAUACGAGUGCUAGACCUGCAGAAUACAAAGACAGGAGGGACCAGAGAGAUCUACCACUUCCAUUACACCUCAUGGCCGGACUUUGGCGUUCCAGAAUCCCCUGCUUCCUUUCUCAACUUCCUGUUUAAGGUUCGAGAGUCUGGAUCCUUGGGAUCAGAACAUGGCCCUCCGGUGGUGCACUGUAGUGCUGGGAUUGGACGCUCGGGAACCUUCUCAUUGGUUGACACCUGUCUGGUUUUGAUGGACAAGAGGAAGGAUCCGUCCUCUGUGGACAUUCAGAGGGUUCUGCUGGACAUGAGGGAGCAUCGUAUGGGCCUGAUCCAAACGUCAGACCAGCUCCGCUUUUCCUACAUGGCUGUCAUAGAGGGUGCCAGGUGCAUCAUGGGAGACAGCUCUGUGCAGAGACAGUGGAAGCUGUCCCCAGAAGACAGAGGGACAGUAUGUGAGUCUCACCCUGCCCUGCCGCCCCUGAGACAGCCCUUAAAGCCAGAUGACGAGCCCUUGCCCUGCCUAGCGACUAAUGCCACCUUGGGGCCAGCGGCAAGGGAUGACAAAGUGGCAGGAACACAGACAGAUAUUCACAGCCGGUAUCAAGACCCUGUAGAGGGGGCAAAUAUGCCCAGAAAGAGGCGAGAGGAGCGGAUCACCAACAUGGCACAGAAAGUACAGAGGAUGAAAAUUAAAUUGAGUGACACAGAGAGGCAGAGAGAGCAAUGGCUCUACUGGAGACCCAUUCUCUUGAACAUAGGCGCUGGUGCAGCCCUGGCAUUGGGUGUGCUGGUCUGCUGGAUUUUCUCACGGUGAAAAGUCUUCAUGCAUCUUCACUGACUUUUUGCACCAGUACCUGGGACAUAUGGGAUUCUGAAUUUGUGUGUAUAAAGGGGUAUUUAUUUCUACGAAUCAAAGGACAGAGCACCAGAUCAAGUGUUUAUUUUUCAUGUUAAAAUCUUUAUGAUAACAUGUCAGGAUCUUAAUUCCAAAACCAUUUUUGUCAUCAGUGAUGAUGAAUGUAAUGUAUUAACUUCCUUUAGAUGUUCUGAUUCACCUAACAAUGUUCUAAUGUUUAUUUUUGCAUUAUUUAUGUUUUGUCUACAUCAAGAUAUUUGUUGUGCAUUUUGUAUUUAAAAUUCAUAUUUUGGAUUGUGAGCAUUUCCUUUAAAUUAAACUAAUGUUAGGUUGAAAAACUGUACUCGCCCAUGCAAAGUGGAACAAAAUUGUCCGUAUCCUUAAAUGAGUCAACAUCAGGCGAUUGUCAAGCGAAAGAGCAUAAUUUUGUGAACCAUUUUUAGUUUGAUGCCCUAUUGAUGGUUUCUUACAGUCAGUCAAAUUAAUCCGGUCUUUGAUUUGAUAUUGGCUUAAGUUGUGAUUUGUUGUUGUCUUGAUAAACCAUACACUUGUGUCUAUUGUUUGUGUGUAACUUGUUAGCAACUUCUACAUUCAGGUUUACCCAUAGUUGGAUAUGGAGUUUUUUUUCAUAAUCUGAGAUGGAUAUGAUUGCACGUUUCUGAAGUAGUUUAUAUUUGGUUAAUGAGUCCGAAUGUAUUUUAGUACAUUUGUUUUUAAGUUAAUGCUGUACAAUUUCUGCGUAGAUAACCUACAUUUUAUCUGUCACUCUGCAGGUUAUAUAUUUACAUUUUGAUUCACCAUAGGUUUUCCCAGAGCGUCUUAGACUUUUACACUGGCACCUUUCGAAGGUUAUAUGGAAAGCAUCUACUAUGUUUCUUUUUUAUUUUUUAUUGUCAAAUGAACACAACUGCUGUCAUACUAUCUUCA